AUGUCCAAAUUUGUCGCAAGAGCAAAGCAUUCGUUUGCCACCGAUGUCAACUGGGACCGCGUGAGGCGGUACUCUGUUAUCGGGGUCAAAGCCGCUCCUGCCGCCACCUCCCAAUAUCUUCUCGACAAAGUGCCUAUCGUGGGCUGGCUUCCCAGGUACAGGCCACGAUGGCUGCUAGUCGACUUCAUUGCUGGCUUGACGCUGGCCAUGAUGUUGAUCCCCCAAAGUUUAGCGUACGCCGCCAUCGCUACCAUUCCCGUCGAGCACGGCCUGAUGGCCAGUUGGCUACCUGCGUCAAUAUAUGCAUUCAUGGGCACCUCAAAAGAUCUUUCAACGGGUCCCACUUCACUCAUUGGUCUCUUGACCUCGGAGGCGGUUCAUGCUCUCGAGGACGAGUAUGAGCCUGGGAAGAUAGCAGCAGCAGUCGCUCUGUGGAUGGGCGUGUUCGGCAUGAUACUUGGCUUUCUGAAACUUGGUUUCCUGCUUGAGUUCAUCUCCGAGCCUGUCCUGACUGGCUUUAUCUCAGCUGCUGCCAUCAUUAUCGGCUCCGGCCAGAUCAAGAACUUGCUCGGCCAAAGCGAUAUUGGUGACGGCUUCGCGAACAUUGUUCACGACACAUUUGCUACUCUACCGGACGCUGAUGGACCUACCGCUGCGGUCGGUAUAACUGGCAUAGUCCUACUGUUCGCACUACAAGAAAUCGGCAAGAAAUGGGGAAAGCAGUACAAGGCUGUUUGGCUACUAUCCAUCAUGCGAGCCUUCCUUUGCCUGGUGAUCUUCACUGGUGUCAGCUAUGGAGUCAACAAGGACCGGAAGUCAAGCGACUAUCUUUUCGCAGUGACGAAGAUGAAGCAGAAGGGUCUGAUCACCCCUGCAGUUCCAGACUCUGCACUUCUUAACAAGACCGCCACACACGCCAUUGCUACCUUCAUCGCUGCCGCUGUGGAGCACAUUGCCAUCGCCCGUGCCUUUGGCGCCCGUGGCAACUAUCUGACGGACCCUAGCCAAGAACUCUGUUACCUGGGCGUGACCAACUUCUUCAACUCUUUCUUUGUGGCCAUGGGUGUUGGCGGUGCCAUGUCACGUACAGCCGUCAAUGCUCAAUGCAAUGUUCGCUCACCUCUAUCCGGAUUCGUCACCACCGGUGUUGUCAUGCUCUGCCUCUAUCUGUUGACCGACACACUCUACUGGAUCCCCAAGGCCACGCUAGCCGCCAUCGUCAUCACAGCCAUCUGGCCAUUGAUCGGCCAUUGGCGUACAUACUACAACUUCUGGCGCACCUCGCUAGCAGACUUCAUCGCCGCCAUGCUUGCCUUCUGGCUUACCUUAUUCGUCAGUUCCGAGGUCGGCAUCGGUACUGGUGUUGGCUGGUCCAUCGUCUACUACCUCCUCCGGCUCGCUUGGCAAAAGACCACCUCGAUGGGCGGCGAGACUCGCUCCGAGAUCGUGCGGGCCAUCGACGCUGCACGGGGCAUGCCGAGCCGCAUUCCCGACGACGUCCGCGUCUUCCGCUUCGGCGAGAACGUCUUCUUCCCCAACGCUACCCGCAUCAAGAACCAGCUCGUCGACGGCGUCAAGACCUUCCACAACCCGGCUUACUCGUCCGCCAAUGGCGCCGAGGCAGACCGGAUAUGGUCCGUCGUCGGCGAGCAGCGCGUCAAGAAGCUCCGCAAGAGAGCCGGCAUCACCGACAUCGGCGCUCUUCCACCCAUCCGCCUCGUCGUGAUGGACUGGACCAAAGUUACGCACACCGACGCAACCGCGAUGCACGUCCUCAAAGAGGUCUUCGCUGAGGUGAAGAAGUACGGCGGCAAGGAAGUGGAGAUCCGCUUCGCUGCCAUGCAGGACAAUGUCCGCCACCGCUUUGAGCGCGCCGGAUUCGACGUCAUUGACGUCGACGGCAGCACUAGUAGCGAUGACGUGGCCCGGGAAGCUGGCCCCAAGACUGUCAAGGUCUACAAGAACGUAGCUGACGCGAUCGCCAAUCGGAGGCCGAUUGAGCGGGAGAAUAUUGAGGUGUUGGUUAAGGGGGAUAGUUUGGAUGGGAGGGCGGAGCAUCGGGAGAAGGUUGGUUGA